AUGGGUUGGGUCGUCAACGCAACUCCAGAAGUCGACGCCCAGUCACAAUGGGCGACUAUCUUUGCCGUGUGCAUAGUUCUGUCAGUGCUCUCUAUAGCGACAGUCUCUUGUCGCCUCUGGGUCAGAGGCAAGGCUCGUGGUCUUGCUGGAGAUGAUUACAUGUCUGCCUUGUCCAUGGUAUUCGCCCUCAUAUACUCGAUUCUCUGCAUUGUCCAAACCAAGUACGGUUUAGGUUUACCAAUUGCACUUCGACCCAAGCCAAAUAUCGGACCCUACUCGCAGGUCAACUUCGCGGGUCGUCCCAUCUACCAGAUUGGCAUCAGCUUUUUCAAAAUUGCCUUGCUCAUCAGCUACCUCCGCCUUCUUCAGGGAACAGACCACAAGAUUUACCGCAUGACCGUCUGGGCCACUAUUGUUGUCGUCUUUCUGGCUCACUUGGGAUGCGCCCUUUCCUUGGUCUUUGCAUGUACCCCCGUCGAGAAGUCCUGGAAGCCUUGGGUUCCGGGGAGUUGCCUGCAGCCUGGACCUUCCUUCACUGGCUAUGCAGUCGUCACCAUUGUCUCUGACGUGGUGGUGGCUGUCCUCCCCAUUCCCGUCCUCUUGAAGCUGAAUGUACGCCUCGAAAAGAAGGUGGGGCUUAUCGCCAUUUUCAUGUUAGGUCUUUUCACCACUCUCUGCUCUAUACUACGAUAUCUUCAGAUCGAUCGAAUUCAGAAUGGUGAUGGCAAUUCUACCAUGUUGGUUCUAUGGGGUACCAUCGAGUUCAACGUUGGCAAUAUGGUAUCAUCUCUCCCCUUCCUGGCACCAGUGUGCAUGAAAAAGGCCAAAGACUACCGAUCCAAGUACUCGGGUGGCUCCAACAGUGGUCAAGCCCGCAGCCGGGGCCUUCGAAACGGCGAGCAUUACAAGCUAAGCGAUGUCAGCCACGACAAGAGCGCAUUUGCAUCAGCCAACAAGUCAGGCAGCGAGGAGAAUAUCCUCGAAAACGGCGCUAUUAUGAAGUCGGUUACCUACACCGUACAAAUUGAUGAUGAACCCAAGAGCAGAGGACCAAGUCGCCGAGGCGAGCAAGUCUAA